AGUCUGUCAAAGGAGCGAGCGAGUGACAUGACAUUCGCUCUGUGAACGGUCGCUUACUCGUGGUUGAAGUUAGAAUAAUUUUGUAAAAAGAAAAUUAUAUUUUUGAAUAUUUUUUUCCUGUAUUAAAACAGGUAUCUGAGACAAAUGUCUUGGUUAUUCGGAUAUAGUUCGACGCCCCCGCCGCCGCCCGAUGUGCCGCCUGCAGAUCCUGGGGGCGCAGCCGCACCCCCAGUUAACCUGAGCAAGUCUGAAAAGAAAGCCAUGGAGGCUUAUCGGUUUGAUUCUAGUGCCCUGGAAAGGGCUGCUCAAGCAGCUAGGGAACUAGAAAGAUCAAAACAUUCAAAAGAAGCAUUAGAACUCAGCAAGCUGCAAGAAAGUACCAAACAGUCAGAACAGAUGGCAAAAAUUAAAGAAUACGAGGCUGCCAUAGAACAAUCGAAAGUAGAACAGAAGAGAAUUGAUUAUGAAGAGCGCAGAAAAACAUUACAGGAAGAAACAAAGCAACAUCAAAUGAGAGCACAGUAUCAGGAUCAGUUGGCUAAGAAGAGAUAUGAAGAACAAUUGGUUCAACAGCAGCGCUCCCAAGAGGAGAUCCUGAGAAAGCAAGAGGAGAGCGUGGCCAAACAGGAGGCUCUACGACGAGCUACCAUAGAACAUGAAAUGGAAUUGCGCGAGAAGAACAAGCUCAAAGCAAUUGAGGCUGAAGCCAGGGCCAGGGCUAAGGCAGAUCGUGAGAACCGUGACAUUACACUGGAGCAGAUUAGAUUGAAGGCAGCUGAAAAUAGAACUACUAUCCUUGAGAGUAUUAAGACUGCAGGCAGUGUAGUUGGUACUGGACUGAAUGCUCUCGUCACUGAUUGGGAUAAAACAUUAGCUGCAGCCGGUGGAUUGUCAUUGCUGGCUCUCGGAGUAUACUCGGCUAAGGGCGCAACGUCUGUGGCUGCACGAUUUAUUGAAGCACGCAUUGGCAAACCCACCCUUGUUAACGAAACAUCUAGAUUCUCCAUAUUAGAAGCAGUAAAGCAUCCAAUACUCACAAUUUCAAAGGCAAUAGCAAGUUUUAAAAAGCCAACAGAUGCUUUAGCUGGCGUUGUACUUGCACCGACUCUUGAGCGACGGCUGCGUGAUAUUGCGAUUGCUACUAAAAAUACACGCAUGAAUAAAGGAUUCUAUAGAAACCUGCUUAUGUAUGGACCUCCUGGAACUGGUAAAACUUUAUUCUCUAAGAAACUGGCAAAGCACUCUGGAAUGGAAUAUGCUAUCCUGACUGGUGGCGAUGUCGCUCCAAUGGGAAAAGACGCAGUUGCAGCAAUUCAUAAAGUAUUUGAUUGGGCAAAUACCAGCAAUAAGGGAGUACUUCUCUUCAUUGAUGAAGCUGAUGCAUUUUUGAGGAAGCGUUCGUCAGAAAGAAUUAGCGAAGAUUUACGUGCAGCGCUCAAUGCAUUCCUUUACCGGACAUCUGACCAAAGCAACCGCAUCAUGUUGGUGCUCGCAUCUAACACACCUCAGCAAUUCGAUUCUGCCAUCAAUGAUCGUUUGGACAAGAUGAUCGAGUUUGGAUUGCCGGGAGUCGAGGAGCGUGAAAGAUUGAUUCGUCUUUACUUCGACACCUUUGUUCUUAAACCAGCAUCAGAAGGGAAGAGGCGGUUGAGUGUGGACCAGUUUGACUACAGCGCUUUGUGUUCGACGCUGGCUGCCCGGACAGCCGGCAUGUCUGGCCGAGCGCUCUCCAAACUGGGCGUGGCGUGGCAGGCAGCGGCCUACGCCUCCGACGACGGACGCCUCACUGAACAGAUGUGUAUUGACAUUUGUGAUGAUGCCGUCAGGGAUCAUCGCCAGAAGAUGGAGUGGCUAUCGUCGGAAGAGAAAUCUCGAAGCAUGAUGCCUUACCUUUUGGACUUGCCGCCUCUCGACACAGAGGCAGUACCUGAAAUUGCUGCCAACAAGGAUUCAGAACAGAUAAAAUCCAAAAAUGCACAGAAAAUUAAAGAGUUAGACUCGGAAAAGUGACACAGUGUCUCCCCUAAUAACAUUGUAGAUUUAGCUAAAACCAACAUAAUAUGUUCCAAUUUCACAACAAAUACAAACUGUGAUACAAUUCGAAAGUUCAUAUAUGACUGUAAAAAAACAGAAUCUAAAAAAUAUAUUGAUCUAAAUGACAGUGACAUGGAAGUCUUGCGAAAAUUAUCGCAGAAGAAAAAAGCAAGCACAAAAAUGGAGCAAAUUUGAUUUAGUCGUAAAUAAUAAUGUUUUAAUUAGUAUGCAUGAAACAUCAUAAUUUUAUGUACUAUUGUACUACAUUAUUUUCAAAGUGUACCAAGAAAUAUACAUUUCUGUACUAUUUUAAAUAUUGUUUGUCACUAGACCACCAAAAAUGAAAUUGCAUUUAGUCGUAAAUAAUAAUGUUUUAAUUCAUAUGCAUGGAACACCAUAAUUUUUACCGGUUGACAAAUACAUAUAUAUCAUUUUAUCGCAUUUAAAACAGCUCAACAGGAUCUUUCAAAACUUAUCAAGAAACAUAGAUUUUCCUACUAUUUUAAAUAUUGUUUUAUCAGUGUAACCACUAAACCACAAAUGUACAAAGGGAUUAAGGAUUAAAAUAUUUGGUACAAAAAUGUAUGAAGUUUGUUCUAAAAUUAAUAUAAUAAUAUUGGAUUUAAUUAUAGUAUUGGAGACUAUAUAGAUGUAGUGGGAUGCUUGCAAGUGUACAACUUGUGGUUUGGCAAUGUGUUAUGUGACUUUCAAUAUAAGAGUUUUUGGUUUGUAACAAACUACAUGGUUGUGUCAUUCACAGUGAGAUAGGCGGAAGGAAAAUAAGACACUGUUGUUGGCAAAUUCUUGAAAACUUUAUUGCAAUGAAAGAGAGAAAAAUGUAGUGCGCCAUUGUUUUAAACCAAAUAUGUUUAUUUUCAGCGAAAACUGUUUAGCUUAUGCUAUGUAGUUUGUUGUUAUCGUUUUAGUCACAGUUAUACUAGUAGUGGAUAUUAGAAUAUCGUUAACAAAAA